UCUGCUGGACGAAGCGGGUAUCCUGCACAAGCUGGCAGGAACUCCACAUUUUCAUGGAAGAAGAGUGGCAGUGGUACAGACCAAGACACCCAGCAGAACGAUAGGAAAGGACUAUCUUUCGGAGGCAGCUUGAAGUCGGAGCCCAGUCGGCUGUCGGCUGAUCCAUCACGUCCGGACCACGACACCUGUGAGCAGGCCAUCAGUGCGAUGGUCUCGCGCAGCUACAACGGGAUGAAGGAAGCUUUGCAGCUUCUUGGACUUCCGGACUAUCCGCUGAGUUUCGUGCCAGGUAGGGAACUGAAACUUUGUGGGCAUCACCUUCGCGAGGAGAUCAACGAGAUGAUUCACCAUUGGAUGACAGAUGAAAAGGAUGAUUUCUACAGCGCCCUGACGAAGAUAAAGAGCAUCGUGGCAAAGCCGAUCCUGACCGAGGAGGAGCUCGACCUGUUGGACAGCAAGGAGGAAUGGCAGAAGACGCUGGGCCCAGACGGUGACGUUAUGUUCACGCGAAGGCAGGACGGACCAAAGCCACCUGUAGAGGACGAUGACGACGACGAUGAGGUCAUAGAUGUAAACCCAGAUGGCACGCGCAUGCGAUCUGCUGAAGCACCCCGACCAGGUGUGGCAGCCAGGAAUGGGACCGGGCACAAAGCCACAAGUGAGGAUUACUACACACUCCUCGGAGUAAGCCCAACAUCUUCUCUUCAAGAGAUCCGAACCAGAUUCCGCGCACUUGUCCUGACGGCACAUCCUGAGAAGGGUGGUGAUCCUGAGACGUUCCACAAACUCAACAAGGCAUACAGUGUUCUGAGCGAUCCAGCCAAGCGGAAGGACUAUGAUGCUGAACGCUAG